AUGAGUCGUGCUUUAUUUGUUAGUAAAAAUUACUUAAGCAAAAAAUUCAACGUAAAAUAGCCUAAUGAACUUUAUAAGCAAUUACUUUAAAAUAUUCAUCUAUUCUAGGCAGAUGAAUUAAAAAAAAUUUCAUCUGAUGAAUUAAUACAUUAUAUAAUUUUUUUUGGAACACAUCCUGAACGUAGAAAUUAAGGAGAAAAAGCCAAAAAAAUUACUUUAGAAUGUCUUAAAUAAUAUAAGAAAAAGAUGACUAAAAAUUCAUAUGAAAUAAAUUCAUAAAUACUUUUAUCACUUAGCAAUGUUUUAUUGUAUGAUGAAUAGAUGGUUCAAGAAUUAGUUUAAUAAGUAGAUGAUGACAAAGAAAAUCUUUCAGUCAAAGAUAUGAUUAAAUUUUAGCAUUGUCUCUACAAACUAAAUAUCCAUAAUGAGAAACUAAGCGAUUAUGUUCUUGAAAAAUUUCUCAAAUAAAAAGAAUAAGUAGAUUAUUUAGAAUAUAUUCAUGAUCUUCAUAUAAGAUCAAAUCUAUAUAGAAUGGGUUAAGUAGAUGAAAAAGUCAUUCUAACUUUGUUGAAAGGAUUUUAAACAAAAUUAAAUUCAUCUUAAAAUUUUUAUUAUACAUCUAAAUCAUGCUUUUAAUAUUGUUAACUUAUGUAUAAUUUAUAUCCAGAGAUAAUUGAGAAACAAUUUUUUGAAUUAAAACCUAGAGACGAUAAUAUAUUUGCUAAUUAAUUUAAUGAUAUGAUGAAGGAUUAUGUAAUAAGCAAAUAACUUGUAGAUCGUAAAAAGUUUUAUUAAUCUUUUGAAUAUUAUGUAAAUUUUCAUAAUUUGAAUAUAUUAAAAGCUAAAGAAGAUGCUAUAAUGAGAAGUUUAACUGAACUUGAAUAAAAUGUAUAAGAUUUACUUAAUAAAUAAAAUUAUAAAAAUUCAAGAGCUCAUCGAGUUUUGAUUUAUGAUGUAGAUUAUUUAGUUAAUGAUAACAUUAUUUUAACAUGUAAUGAUCCUGUUCAUUUUGUUGAAGAUUUCAAUGGAAAGAUAUUAACCAUAAAUCCAAAUCAUAUAAUGUAAAGCAGGUAUUCAUUUAUUAAAAAGUAGAGGCAUUUGAGUGCUACCAAUAAAUACAAGGUUUUUGAUAUAAAUUACCAUGACUGGACACAUUUGUCAGAAUAACAAAAGAUUGACAAAUUAAAAUCCUUAAUAGAUUGA